UCCCGAAUUGAAUCAAUGAAGCUAUUUUCGGAAACAAUUCAGCAAGAAAUAUUUGCAAACUAUCUCUAUUUCUCUAAAGAACAAUACAAAAGUCUUGAUGAAUAUUGGAUUAACAAAGGAAAUAUUCGAUUAAUG